CAGCAAUCUCAAAUUGAUAGAGCGGAAAGCCCUUGUUGACCCACUUUCUGGAGAAAAUGAUGAUUCGAAUGAAGAAAUGCAAAUCGAAGGUGAGGCAGACGAUAGUACUAGCGAUGAGAAGCUGUCAGAUGAGGACGAGCUUGAUUUGGCACUUCCGGACCGGAAGGGAAUGCGAAAAACUUCUUACUGGAUGCUCGCUGUUGGUGGCAUCAGUAUGUUCGUGCACCUAGCUCUCAAUGAAAAUCUGCGGCGACGACGACCUGAUCUAAGCCUCAGUCUGCAACCCGACGAAACAUACUAUGCCGACUAUGCAGGAGGAAGCUCAGGACAGGACCGCAUCAGAAUAAGAGAAACUUGCAAAAAUGAUUACACUCAUCUUUCGCCUGACUUAAUGUCUCUUUUGCAAAAGGAAAUGAAGACGGAAGUAUGCGGUGGUGGUGCUUGGUCCUAUCGGAAAAGCGACGAAGUGGAGAAGGGAGAAGACAG